GUGGUGGACAACUCAUCGCUCACUGGAGAGUCGGAGCCGCAAUCGCGAACGCCAGAAUUCACCCACAAUAAUCCGCUAGAGUCAAAGAAUGUGGCCAUGUUCUCAACAAACGUAAUCGAAGGAAGUGGUAGAGGCAUCGUCAUUCUCACCGCUGACAACACAGUGGUGGGCCGAAUAGCAGCCCUUACUGCUCAAGUCACAUCGGGACCAAGUCCUAUCGCUAGAGAGAUAUAUCACUUUAUUCACGUAAUCACUUUUGUGGCACUCGGCGUUGGAGUAACAUUCUUUGUGCUAUCGAUCAUAUACGGUUACACCAUGAUACAGGUUCGAAGCUGGACCAACGCGGGUCGUGAGUCCUCCAUGUUCUAG